AGGAGACGAAGAAGGAGAAGAAGGAGACACAGCAGCAGCAGCAGCAGGAGCAGGAGAUGAGGAAGAGGAGGAGGAGGAAGAAGAAGAAGAGGAGACAGCAGCAAGAAGGUCUUAUUCUCGUCGUAGGCUGCAGCAGCAGCAGCAGCAGCAACAGGAAGGGGAGGGACAUCCUCUUGAGCAGCUAUUGAAUGCCCUCUUAGGAGGCAGCAGCAGCAGCAGCAGCAGCAACAGCAGCAACAGCAGCAGAUCUAUAAUCAUAGAAGGAGGAGACGCAGGAGAUGUGCUGCAGCAGCUGCUGGGUGGUGCAGCAGCAGCAGCAGGAGGAGACACAAAAGCAGCAAGACGUAUAGAUUUCCUCCAACCCGAGCAGGUAGAACGUAAACAGCAGCAACAGCAGCAGCAGCAGCAGCAGCAGCAGCAGCAGCAGCAAUGGGAGGAAGAAGGAGAAGGAGACACUUAUUUAUUGUCUCUUUUUAAUAAGGCAAAACAAUUAAAUAAUAUGUCUCUUCUUGAUACCCUAAGGAAAGCAUUUACUCAAGAUAGUCUACGUUCGUUAGCAUCAUUAGCAGCAGCAAAAGGAGUUGCUGCAGCAGAAGCAGCAGCAAAGACAGCAGCAGAAAAAUAUCUAUUAGCUCGUCUUAAGGACGAAGGACUAUUAGAUAGAUAG